GCUCGACUCUCGUUGCGUGGCGUGCUUGGCCCCGAGCGAGCGAGCGAGCGAGCGAGUGAUUAAGGAGGGUCCUUGAAAGCGAGACAGGGCAGCAAGCGUCGACAGGCAGGCAGGUUGGCAAAACUCUUGUAUGUGCACACAUACGGUUCAAUGCGUGCGUGCGGACGCAGCAGUUAGGCUAUGAGGUCGCGAUAGAUUGGUAAAACGAGCGUGGAAGUAGUAGCGGUGAGCAGAACGAGACUGAGUAGAGUGAAGGAAGACGAAGUGUGCUGGUGGUCGCGGAACGAGUGGCACAAAGUUGCGUGGUGUUGGCAUAGGUGAAACACGAGAGCAAGUGUGGACGUGACGUGAGAUACUUCUACAGAGUGAGACACGAGUGAGAGUGAGGGUGAGAGUGCGAGCGAGAUAUUGUAGAGAGAAGGGAGUGGUAGGGUCGCAAGACGGGAGCGAGACGACCAGCGUGGAGGGAGGAGUAGUAGAGUUCCGAGAGCAGGACUUUUGGGCUGUAGUAGAAGUGAGAUAUGGCGCAACAACAGAGCAGCGGUAGCAGCACGUGUGCGGCAGGAUGAGCGAGCGUGCUCGGUGCUCUGUGUUGCGAGAAAAGGGUCGACUACUUGCCCGCGCCAGCUCCAUAGUGAAGGCGUGCCGGCUUGGCGGGCUGGCCCUGUAGCGGGAUGGGCUGCUUACAGUCGAAGCCCAAGGACGCUAUCGCCCCAAACCACGAUACCCUUGAACCUGAAAAGCCCGAUUUAGAAAACGGACGACGGUCCGAACCAGAGGCAGUUCCGAGUUUCAGAGAGUAUUCUCUGGAACAGCUGAAAACGGCCACUAAUGGAUUUAGUCCUGAAUAUAUAGUAUCUGAAAGUGGAGAAAAGGCACCAAACUUUGUGUAUAAAGGCAGACUAGAUCAAAAUCGAUGGAUUGCUGUGAAGCGCUUCCCCAGAGCAGCAUGGCCGGAUGCCAAGGGAUUUGAGCUCGAGGCACGGAGGGUUGGAGAAGUCCGCCAUGACAGGCUUGUAAACCUCAUUGGGUUUUGCUAUGAAGGGGAUGAACGGUUGUUGGUUGCAGAGUACAUGCCCAACGACACCUUGGCGAAACAUCUAUUUCACUGGGAGAAGCAACCUAUGGAAUGGGCCAUGCGCCUUCGUGUUGCUCUUUAUAUAGUGCAGGCGUUAGAUCAUUGUGCCAACAAUGGAUUGCGACUCUAUCAUGAUCUUAACGCUUAUCGAGUACUUUUUGAUCAGGAUGGUGAUCCAAGACUUUCAUGUUUUGGACUAAUGAAAAACAGUAGGGAUGGGAAGAGCUACAGCACUAAUUUGGCCUACACCCCUCCUGAAUAUUUGAGAACAGGAAGAGUAACGCCAGAGAGUGUUAUCUACAGUUAUGGGACUGUAUUGUUGGAUCUUUUGAGCGGGAAGCACAUACCUCCCAGUCAUGCUCUCGAUCUUAUACGUGGCAAAAAUAUGUUGCUGCUUAUGGAUUCCUACUUGGAAGGACAAUUUUCUAAUGAUGAUGGAACGGAGCUAGUGCGCCUAGCUUCACGUUGCUUACAGUUUGAACCCCGUGAGAGACCUAAUGCGAAGAUGCUGGUCACAGCCUUAACCCCACUUCAAAGGAGAAACGAGCAGAUACCUUCUUAUGCAAUGAUGGGCAUUUCGCGGGGAGAGUCUUCUCCUCCGCUUUUACUGUCUGCUCUCGGAGAAGCUUGCUCGAGGAAUGACUUAACAGCAGUGCAUGAUAUUUUGCUGAAAACCGGUUACAAAGAUGACGAGGGCGCUGAUAAUGAGCUUUCAUUCCAAGUCUGGACUAAGCAAAUGCAAGAAAUGCUGAACUCGAGAAAACGUGGUGAUCUUGCUUUCCUUGCUAAAGAUUUCCGUGUCGCCAUAGACUGCUACACCCAGUUUGUUGACGUGGGAACAAUGGUAUCGCCGACGGUGUUUGCAAGGCGUAGCUUGGCAUAUUUGCUAAGCGAUCAGGCAGAGGCAGCUUUGCGGGAUGCCAUGCAAGCCCAAUUCGUGCACCCAGAGUGGCCUACUGCAUUUUACAUGCAGGCAGCAGCUUUAGCGAAACUGGGAAUGGAUACAGAUGCCAAGGAUAUGCUUAAAGAAGGGGCUCAGCUGGACAUGAAGAGACAGAACAUGUACAGCUAGGAUUUUCCGUCUGUUUGCAAUUGGAGAAGAUGGGAUGUUUGAUCAAUUUUCCUAGGCAAAGUAUUGUACCGUUACAUUAUAUGUUGUGGCAGAUCCUCAAAUCUUUUUCAGGAUGCUUGUAGGUUAUCAGUUACACAGCUGAAAGUACUCGCAGCUUUCAAACCCAUCCUUGUACCAGGCAGACUGUCGCAACACAGCAUGUGGAUACGAUUGGUGGGUUGGAUCCUGUCCGGAUGGAGAUGGUGUAGAUGUGCAUAAUUAAUGUCAUGGGUUGUAUGCUGUCUCCAUCUUGAGAGUACGCAAGCAUUCGUGCAGGAGGGCAGAAAUAAUUAACUUGCGGCAGAAGUUGUAUUCUUCGUGAAGGUUCUGGAGCUGCUGUGACACCCAAGUAAAGAGGGUGACAGGACUGUGGUAGCUAUUUUUUCAGGCACUGCAGAGCAGCAGCGGCUUUUCUGAGUCCCCAUAGGAUGCCCUCGACUGUAGUGGCAACAAGUCUGUCUUUAAGAUUCUCCGUGUUGUAUACAGGUUUUGGUUGGGUAUCAGCCAGGGCCAAUCGUGUUGCUAUUGAUGUACCAACAAGCUAGCAUUUCCAGUUACGUCAUGCAUGGACGGUUUGCCGCCUCAUUUGUUUGGAUUCGGCUUGUAACAAUUAUUAAGUUGUCCAUUUAACCUGAACUAGUUAGCAGCCCAAAGAAAUUCAUGACAUUUCUUGCAUGGUCU